GAAUAACUUCCACUGUUACCAGAGAAGAAGGAAUAAGCAUCCUGGGCCGACAGAGAGGAGGCUGCUUGUCUGCCUGCAGCGAUUCAGCUAUUUCUAUAUAUAUAUAUACAUAUAUAUGUAUGAUCUCAGGUAACGUCCUUGUCUGCUAUGAUGAAGCUGCUUUUUGGUUUAUGGUCUGUGCUCCUGGAUCUAACCAUGUUCCACAGCCAAGCACUCAUGCAGAACCGCAUUAUAGGUGGCAAUGCAGCGGCACCAAACUCCAUCAGAUACAUGGUAUCGCUGCAGAGCACAAGCGGCCAACACUUCUGUGGGGGAUCACUAGUUCACAGGUACUGGGUUCUGACUGCCGCGCACUGUAACAUCGGGACAGAUCAGAUGAUUAUAGUGGCAGGGGACUACAAAUUAAAUGUCUUCGAGGGUACUGAGCAGUAUGCUAAACCACACAAGCUGAUCCCUCAUCCCCUGUACAACAGCAGCACCAACAACGCAGACAUCAUGCUCAUUAAGUUGCGCGCCCCUAUGGUUCUGAACAAGUUUGUCUCCCUGGCACCUCUCCCCAGACAGGGGACAGGUGUGGUCGAAGGCCACCCGUGUCAGGUGUCAGGAUGGGGCCACAAUGGUGUCGGUGGAGUCCAGGCCCCUGUUACGCUCCAGUCGGUCACAGUCCCCAUUGUGUCAGCCGCAAGAUGCAACAGCAGUGACUCCUUCGAUGGCAACAUCACGGCGAACAUGAUCUGCGCUGGCUCCCACUCUGGAGGAAAAGAUGCAUGCAAGGGCGACUCUGGCGGCCCGCUGGUGUGCAGGGGCCGGGUGUACGACAUGGUGUCAUGGGGAUAUGGCUGCGGCGAUGCCAGGUUCCCCGGUGUGUACACUGCUGUGUCCAGAUUCCGCCGCUGGUUAGACCAAACCAUCUAUGGACCACACCUGCGCUGUUUUGGAUACAGAUGAAGCUCUGAGACUUUCCUGUUACACUAAAAACAGCACAUGGUUUCCUCUGAUAUGUUAUAGUUUUAAUGAAAAGCUCUGUUCACCUGCCUCCUACUCUUGUAAUUCAUCUAAAGAUUUUUUGGACAAUAAAUAAGACAAUUUAGAAAAUAGUAUAUAUGUAUUGUUCUUUAAAAAACAACAACAAAAAAGAAUAUACAGUAGCACA